GCCGUCACGUGACGUGGCCGAGGAGGGAGGGGCGGGGGGAGGAGGAGGCGGAGAAGGUGACGGCGACGGCGACGCCCGAUUCCCCCCAGUAUGGCCUCCUCAUCAACACCUAGGUGUAACUCAAACUCCUUGGAGAGCUCCUCAUUUAAAAAACCUCUGAAAGAUGGAACUAACUGCGAACACCAUGAAGAAAUACCUUGUCUACCAGGUGAAAAUAGAAUCACAGACAAGGAAAUCAUUUUCAUGUGCCCAUUUAACGGCCCUGUUAAAGGAAGAGUGUACAUAACAAACUACAGGCUGUACUUGAGAAGCGUGGAAUCGGAUCCAGUGGUGAUAUUAGAUGUUCCUUUGGGUGUAAUUUCAAGGAUUGAGAAAAUGGGAGGCGCUUCAAGCCGAGGAGAAAAUUCCUACGGAUUAGAUAUUACUUGUAAGGAUAUGAGAAAUUUACGAUUUGCAUUGAAACAAGAAGGUCACAGCAGAAGAGAUAUAUUUGAGAUCCUGACCAGAAGUGCUUUUCCACAGUCACACAACUUGCCUUUUUUUGCGUUUUCAAAUCAAGAAAAGUUUUCUGAAAAUGGCUGGCUGGUUUACAAUCCUAUGGUUGAAUACAGGAGACAAGGUCUGCCUAAUGAACAGUGGAGGAUAACAUUUCUCAAUGAGCAUUAUGAGCUGUGUGACACAUACCCAUCACUCCUGGUAGUGCCAUAUAACGCCACAAAUGAGGAGCUCAAGAAAGUUUCUGCUUUCAGGUCCCGAAACAGAAUUCCGGUGUUGUCAUGGAUCAAUCCAGAGAACCAGGCUGUCAUCACACGUUCCAGCCAGCCGCUUGUUGGUAUGAGUGGCAAAAGAAACAAAGAUGAUGAAAGGUAUCUGGAGGUCAUACGGGAAACAAAUGGCCAGGUCUCGAAACUGACCAUCUAUGACGCAAGGCCCAGUGUAAACGCCGUAGCUAAUAAGGCAACUGGAGGAGGAUAUGAAAGUGACGAUGCCUAUCCCAAUGCCGAGCUGUUCUUCCUAGAUAUCCAUAAUAUCCAUGUCAUGCGGGAAUCCUUGAAAAAGCUGAAGGACAUUGUUUAUCCUCAUGUAGAAGAAUCUCACUGGCUGUCUAGUCUGGAGUCAACUCACUGGCUUGAACACAUCAAGCUUGUUUUAACAGGUGCCAUUCAAGUAGCAGACAAAGUGUCCUCUGGAAAGAGUUCAGUCUUAGUACACUGCAGCGAUGGUUGGGACCGUACAGCACAGUUAACCUCUCUAGCUAUGUUGAUGCUGGACAGCUACUAUCGAACAAUUGUGGGUUUUGAAGUCUUGGUGCAAAAGGAAUGGAUAAGCUUUGGACACAAGUUUGCAUCGAGAAUUGGUCAUGGAGACAAAAAUCAUGCUGAUGCUGACAGGUCGCCCAUCUUCCUCCAGUUCAUUGACUGUGUGUGGCAGAUGUCUAAACAGUUCCCUACGGCUUUUGAAUUCAACGAACAAUUUUUGAUUACAAUUCUGGAUCACUUGUACAGUUGCCGGUUUGGUACUUUCUUGUACAGCUCUGACUCUGUAAGAGAGAAAGAGAAAGUCAGUGAGAAAACAUUGUCUCUGUGGUCCCUGAUCAACAGCACAAAAUCAAAGUAUACAAACCCCUUUUAUACUAAAGAAUUGAACCGUGCUCUUUAUCCCGUAGCGAGCAUGCGGCACUUGGAACUCUGGGUAAAUUAUUACAUUCGGUGGAACCCAAGGAUUAGGCAGCAACAGCCAAAUCCAGUUGAACAGCGUUACAUGGAGCUACUAGCAUUGCGUGAUGACUACAUGAGGAGGCUGGAAGAACUGCAAAUCACAAACAGUCCCAAGCUAUCCAAUUCCUCCUCCUCAUCAUCAUCUUCCUCACAGAUGGUAUCACAUGUGCAGACUCACUUUUGAAGGAGACUGGUUGGAUUCUUUUCUUUGAACAUUGUCAUCAUAAGUGGUGCUUUUUCUAAUGUAUUGGACAAGAGGAAAACAUUGAUGCCUUAUGUAGAGCUAUUUCCUAAAAUCUGACCAUAUAGGAGAGGAUUUGAAUACAAGUGGGCUUUUAAAAUUGAUUAUGUGCCUUUCAGAAACAUUUGCCUGGGAACAUGUUAUCCAACUAGCAGUUACAAUAUUUUAAAGGUUUUCUUUUUCUUCUGCAGCAUCCAAAUAUAUUAAACUAAUGCUUUCAGUAAUAACGAUCACCUUUUUUUAGAGUAAUAUAAAUUGAUUUUCAUCAACAGGCUCUGUCUUUCAUGGACUUAAAAUUCAUAUUUAAGUUCAUUCAUUAAGCAAAGUGCCACCAUCAAAUGCCAAUAAGGACUUUGCUGAAUCAUGUAUGGAAGCCCUUGGAGAAAAAACCGAGAGGUAGAGUUGUUGGAAGACGCCAUGUUCUUGAGGAGCAAUUACUGUGUGAAUUACUUUAUGUAAUUUCUUACAGAUAAAAUAAAAUCAUUGCAGCGGUAGCAAUAAGCUAUCGCAACUGAAGUUUCCUAAAAGUAAAUAAAUGUGCCUGUUCUGAGCAGCAGCCUUAUCUUCAAAGUAGAUUAAUGUUCUAUUCUUGAGAUGGAAUAUAAUGGGUGUGUGUACAUAACAUGUUCUCUUAAUGGAUUUGUCUUUUAUCAAAUACAUUAAAACAAUUUACAGAAAAUAGUGUGUGCACUGAAGAGGUUUAAAUUUUGUAUAUCAUUUGGUUUGCUGUCUUCAUGUCAGUCUUCUGUUAAAUUUUAUAAUUUGUUCCUUUCAGGAAUCUUUUAAAAAUUAAUAUUACAAGCACUUAUAAAGUCUGCACAAACCUUGCGACUUGAUAUUUUAAUUCAUUAUUUUUUUUGCUUAAGAUAUAAAGUUUUUAAGUGAUAUUUGGUCAGUUCAGAACAACUUAAAGCAUAGGAUUUGUGAAGGACUGUUCAUAGCUAACAUUACUUAUUUUUUUAAAAAAAUUUGACUCUUUGAGGGUGUUUGUCUACCAUUUGUAAAUUAUUGUAUGUAUAAGUUUUGAUCCACAAAAUAUAAGGCGACAAGGAUAUUAUAGGAUAAUGUGUAAAUUAAGUUUAAGUGUAUGAAAUAGUCUUUUUUUGUAAAGUGUAAAUAUUUUGGGUUCCAAAGUUUAAAGUCAGAGUCCAGAAAUACUAUAAAUUUCUUAGUUUUAGGGGACAUUGGAAUAUUUUAGAAAUAGUAUAUUUUCAUUACAAGAGAAAUGGAGCACAUUAAUACAGUAAAUAGUAUACUAAGAAAUUUGCACUACUUCUUCAGGGAUAGACUGAAGUACUAACGCAUGAAUUAUUUCCACUUAUACCUAUCCUCUAAAUUUCACUCUCUCGCGAUUCUUUCGCCUUCUAUAUUUCAUUGCACAUAGAUGGCCUCUUUCCCUAAAGGAAAACCAAUCUGAGAAAUGAAAGGCAUAACUUGAAAUACAAGGAAACUCAUACGUAUCCCAUCAGUAUUUUCUAAAAAGAAGGGUAUAAAACUCUGUGACUGAAAACUAUGCAGACUCUAAUAUAAUUGCCUUCUGUUUGCUUACAAUUUAUUAACGUCUCGUUUUUCAUUGCAACCUUAAAACAUUCUGCUGGUUCUAGAUCCACAAGAAUUGUGUGUUUCAUUUUGUCUAGUGUGGAUGAAUUUAUACUUUGCUUGUUUUUACCAAGUAAAACACUACACGUUCAACCUUUUGUGUGUGUGUGUAUGGGGGGGGGGAGUAUUGUAAAACAGAUUUAAAUACAUUUGCCUUCUCAUUAUCUAUGUACCAUUGAUUUAUGUUGCCACCACCACAGGUGACACUGUGUCUUGACUGGUAGAGAAUUUAAUGAUGUUUGGGAAAGUGUAACUCGGUGGAUGUUCACUUGAUUUUUUUUAACACCUGCUUAAGUCAUAUGAAAUAAAAAAUGAACACUU